UUUUUCAAACACGUAUAUUCCAAAAAACUUGUUGGGCAAUUGCAGACUAUUACUCAGCCAACGUGACACGUAGGAAUAACUUGUGUGCUCAUGCAUCCACAUGAAACAAUGAAGUACAGGGAAGGUGUACUUCCCGUGACCACACCCACUGAGAUUAUCUCUUUGCUAAAAAGCAGCUGCACAGCAUUGCAGUCAUCAAAACGAAAGGCAUCUGUUUGCGGAGGCAUGGCUGAGAAAGUGACCAUUGUUAAAAGGCAGGAGUGGGGAGCAGCUGCCCCCAAACAAAAGGAGGCUUUGAAAGGCACUGCCCAGAGAGUUUUCAUACACCACACUGCCAACCCAAGCUGCAAAGACCAGAAAGCGUGUAUGGACCGCCUUGUCAGCAUUCAGAGGGUGCAUAUGACAGAAAGAGGCUUCGAUGACAUUGGAUAUAAUUUCCUUGUUGGACCAGACGGCACAGUGUAUGAAGGCCGCGGCUGGGCUGUGGUUGGAGCACAUGCCAAAAAGAACAAUCAUGACUCACUGGGGAUUGCAUUCAUGGGCAAUUUUGAUAAUGACACGCCAAGCGCAGAGGCAAUGUCGUCAGUCAAAAAGCUGCUGAAACUUGGAGUCUGUGAGGGUAAUUUAACCCCAAAGUUUACCCUGCUCGGGCACAGAGAUGUGGGAGACACAAAAUGUCCAGGAGAUAAACUGUAUGCUGCUCUACCACAACUGAGGGAUGCAUAAAACUCACUGCAGAUGGUGAUGCUUUCUCUAGCUUCAAUUGCACACCAGCUCUUUAUUAAUCCUAGUUAUGCAGUGAACAGGGUGAUGGGAUGAAGAUGGACUUUAUAGAUUAAACACUAACUCUCCAAUAGUUUUUUUUAGCUUCCAUGUUUUCUGUUUUAUCACGGCUGUCCUCUGAACUAAGAGAUGGUUUGUCAGACUUUCUUGCAGCAGAGGGAGCCAUCGCAUGGGACGAGACCUAACAGGCUGGAGCUGUGCAAAACACCUGAAAGGCAAUGUACUUUAAUGCACAUGAUAAAAGAUCGUAAGGGUAGCUUGUACCUUUUGACUUGAUUAAAUUAUUUUGUUUGGUCCUGCCACUCUUAGUCAGCUAAGUGCAAUAUUAAUAUGGCAUGUGACACAUUUCACAUAUGAGUACUUGACUUCAUAUUGUUUUUGGUAGGCUGUGGUGUAAGCUAAAUGUUCAAAUGGAUGUAACCUGAAAUAAAAACCAGUUAUAGGCAA